AGAAGCGUGUACUCAGGAAAGGGAAUGAGUCGCACACUGUGUACUCCUGCCAUUCCUUGCCUCUGAUGGAUGCACGAUCAUUAGGAAUGGCUUAAGUGGCAGGAAGAAGGAUUUGGGGCAGACCUUGAGGAACCGGCAGGGCAGGACCAUGUGGACUUUGGCCAGCCUGAGCCACACAAUGUGCUUUUCCAUGAGCCGGGCAGCUUCUCUGUCUGGGUAGGUGGACGAGGCAAGGUCUACCUCUUCAACUUCCCCGAGGGCAAGAAUGCCUCUGUGCGCACGGUGAACAUUGGCUCCACAAAAGGGUCCUGUCAGGACAAACAGGACUGCGAGAAUUACAUCACUCUUCUUGAGAGGCGGGGUAAUGGACUGCUGGUCUGUGGCACCAAUGCCCGGAAACCCAGCUGCUGGAACUUGGUGAAUGACAGUGUGGUGAUGUCACUUGGUGAGAUGAAAGGCUAUGCCCCCUUCAGCCCGGAUGAGAACUCCCUGGUUCUGUUUGAAGGGGAUGAAGUGUACUCUACAAUCCGGAAGCAGGAAUACAAUGGCAAGAUCCCUCGCUUUCGCCGCAUUCGGGGAGAGAGUGAACUGUACACAAGUGAUACUGUCAUGCAGAAUCCACAGUUCAUCAAGGCCACCAUUGUGCACCAGGACCAAGCCUAUGAUGAUAAGAUCUACUACUUCUUCCGAGAAGACAACCCUGACAAGAACCCCGAGGCUCCGCUCAAUGUAUCCCGAGUGGCCCAGUUAUGCAGGGGGGACCAGGGUGGUGAGAGUUCAUUGUCUGUCUCCAAGUGGAACACCUUCCUGAAAGCCAUGCUGGUUUGCAGCGACGCAGCCACCAACAGGAACUUCAAUCGACUGCAAGAUGUCUUCCUACUCCCUGACCCCAGUGGCCAGUGGAGGGAUACCAGGGUCUAUGGCGUUUUCUCCAACCCCUGGAACUACUCAGCUGUCUGCGUGUAUUCGCUUGGUGACAUUGACAGAGUCUUCCGUACCUCCUCACUCAAAGGCUACCACAUGGGCCUUCCCAACCCUCGACCUGGCAUGUGCCUCCCAAAAAAGCAACCCAUACCCACGGAAACCUUCCAGGUAGCCGACAGUCACCCGGAGGUGGCCCAGAGAGUGGAACCCAUGGGGCCACUGAAGACACCAUUGUUCCACUCUAAGUACCAUUACCAGAAAGUGGUUGUCCACCGCAUGCAAGCCAGCAAUGGGGAGACCUUCCAUGUACUUUACCUAACCACAGACAGGGGCACCAUUCACAAGGUGGUGGAAUCAGGGGACCAGGAACACAGCUUUGUCUUCAACAUCAUGGAGAUCCAGCCCUUUCACCGUGCAGCUGCCAUCCAGGCCAUAUCGUUGGAUGCUGACCGGCGGAAGCUCUAUGUGACCUCCCCGUGGGAAGUGAGCCAGGUACCCCUGGACAUGUGUGGGGUCUACAGUGGGGGCUGCCAUGGCUGCCUCAUGUCCCGAGACCCCUACUGUGGCUGGGACCAGGACCAGGACCGCUGUGUGUCUAUCUACAGCUCCCAACGGUCAGUGCUGCAGUCCAUCAAUCCAGCUGAGCCACACAGAGAGUGUCCCAACCCCAACCCAGAUGAGGCUCCAUUGCAGAAGGUUUCCCUGGCCCGGAACUCUCGAUACUACCUGACCUGCCCCAUGGAGUCCCGCCACGCCACCUACUUAUGGCGCCACGAGGAGAAUGUGGAACAGAGCUGUGAGCCAGGCCACCAAAGCCCCAGCUGCAUUCUAUUCAUAGAGAACCUCACUGCCCGUCAGUACGGCCACUACCGCUGCGAGGCCCAAGAGGGUUCCUACCUCCAUGAGGCUCAACACUGGGAGCUGCUGCCGGAGGACAGAGCGCUGGCCGAACAGCUCUUGGGCCAUGCCCGGGCCCUGGCCGCCUCCUUCUGGCUGGGGGUCCUGCCCACACUCGUACUAGGUCUGCUGGUUCACUAGGGCUUCUAGGAGCUGGGUGUACCCCAGGCUUCUGUAGCCCAGGAGUACUAGAAAAAUGUCACACUCAGCCGGCCGGCCCGGGAGCUCCCUGCCCACAGAUCUUCCAGGGGUACUGAGUAAUCCAGUGGGGGACAAAGGGCCUGGAGAUGUCCAGCCGCAGGCGGCUGCUGGGGCCCAGGUGGGGUAGGGACAGUGAGGGACUGUAAAACGAAGGCGCCGACUGUGAAGCUGGGCCAUCAGCAACUCAAGACUUUAUCUUCUCGAGAAUAUUUUUCGAAAUCUCCUCACGCUUGACUUCAUGCAGUGAUACACUUAGCCCAUCAGCCUGGCAGUGGGCUUUGGGAAGGGGAGCUGGGACCCCAUCUCUGGACCUUGGGGCUGAGUUCUUUGGGAUCCUCUGUACCCGGCUACUUCCUUCCCUGCCCCACUGCUGGGUGGCCAGUGUCCCUGCAGACCCAGGCUGCUCCUCCGUACCUCCCUCCCAGCCUGGGUCCCACCGGACAGCGCCUUGCAUGUUUAUUGGAGGAUGUUUGCUUUCCGGACAGAAGGAUGGGAAAAGCUCUAUUUUUAUGUUAGGUUUAUUUCAUGUAUAGCUAUUCUGACUGCAUCUGUAUGAAAAUACCAAAACUACAUGCUGGGGUUGGGGUGGGGCGGGUAGAGGGAGGGUCUGGGAAGGGGGUUGGGGGCUGAUCCCAGGCUGGGGCUCCCUGGGAUAGGAUCAGAGUCCAGGGACAGGCAUGGGUUUAGAGAGAGUGGCAUGAGCUGGCUCUGCCCUGGGAGCCCAGUCUGAGGGCAUGAGCCUCCAGCGUGGGGUGGUUACGGGAGGGGUGGGUGAGGGAGACAGGGGAGAGCGAAGAAGAAAACUGAGCCCUAGGUAGAUUUGCAGUGAUCAUUUUGAAGGAGGAGCCGGGUCCACAGUGGGAGGUUCUAGGACUCUGCCCUUGGCAUUGUGGGCUGGGGGGCAGGGGGUGUCUCCUCCCUUCCCUUCAGCCCCCUUCCCCAGGGGCUGUGCUUCCAUGCUCCUAACCUCCCACCUUCAGCUCAGGACAUGUCCUAACUUAGGCUAAACUGUGAAAAUCCCCGUGGAGAUGGCCCGGGCAGAGCUUUCCAAGUGGGCCUCCCUGCCCCCAGUCCAUAGAUUUCCGCAGAGAGCUGACCCUUCUCCAGCCGUGUCUGGGGCAGGGCCUGGGGCCGGGGGCCUUCCAGCUUCCGUCCCUUAUCUCUUCUCAAUGCACUUUAAUAAUGUAACAUAUUACUAAUAAACAAGCUAUUUAUUUA